AUGAAUUCAAAACACUUUCACGAAUGGUUUAAACGUGUUGUGGGACUCAUGCCAAACAAGUCUGCUAUAGUAAUAGACCAAGCUCCGUACCACAAGCAAAUAGACCCGGAAACUAAAAAUCCUACAAUGUCAUGGUUAAAAAAAGACAUCAUUAGUUGGCUGCAAAAAAGAAACAUUAGUUUACCCCCUCAUUCAACUGAUUACGCACAACUAACAAAAGCUGCAUUGAUUGAACAUGCGAAGCCUCACUUCGGAAUCCCCAAGAAAAUACUUGAAAACAUCAUUGAAGAUACCAACCCUGGUAUAAAAUUGAUAUGGCUCCCGGUAGCGCAUUGUGAGCUAAAUGCUAUAGAGCUUAUUUGGGCCUAUGUUAAAAAUAAUAUAGCCAAGAUUAAUAGAAGAAAUGCUGCAGAGAAAGGAAAUAGUAUCACUGUUACAAGAGAUUUGUGCAAGGAAGUUUUGCAAACUGUUACACCGGACCUGUGGAAAAAAUGUAUACGUCAUGCUCAGAACAUUGAAGACAAAUAUUGGGAAAAGGAUCAUCUAUCAGACGAAGUUCCGCUGGCGCAGCCGAUUAUUGUUGACCUUCAAAACGAUUCUGACUCGGACUCUGACACAGACUACGAUUUUGACAUCGAGGGAAAUAUUUCGGACUUGGAAAAUUGA